CCCCACCCGGCGCCAAAGUUUUUGUCCCGGAUGUCUAUCACGCCGGAAGAGAAGAAGGUUCUUUCCCCAGCCAUCUUGUGGCAACAUCUAGCGAAGUGUUCGCACCAAGCCUCGUAGAAUCGGAGGAAAAUCCUGCUGAAGGGGCGCCAUCAUGCCCGGACAUAUGCAAGAAGGUUUCGGCUGCGCCAUAGCUAACCGAUUCGACCAACUAUUUGACGACGAGUCGGACCCGUUCGAGCUGUUGAAGGAGGCGGAGAACAAGAAGAAGGAGGCUCCUGUCCCUGGUGCCGCUAAGACCGCGGCGCAAGCUGCCAAGCUCCAGAAAAAGGAGUCCCAGAAAGACAGGAAGGUCGUCCCUGCAGAUAAGAAAGAUGAGCCUCUGGCACCGGUGACUCUGAAGAAAGAUGGACCUGGUCCCAGGAGGAUGGGUCCCAGACGUGAGGGUCAGGGCCCCGCUGGGGGUCCACCCCGUGAGGGCCAGGGCGAGGGCCGCCCCCCUACAGACAGACCCCCCCGGACAGACAGGCGGCCGCCACGCCGUUUCGAGAGGCCCCCCGGCGGAGAAGAUAAGCCAGCCGAGGGAGGAGAGUUCUCUGUGGAGAAGCCCAUUGGUGAUAGGCAGAUGAGAGGACGUGGAGGUGGCCGAGGUGGUAUCCGUGGCGGCAGGGGCCGGGGCAUGGGCAGGAGCGACGGCUUUGACGCCAGAGGAAAGCGUGAAUUCGACAGACACAGCGGCAGUGAUCGAUCCCAGAAAGGUGAGGAGAAACGUGGAGGAAGUGGAUCUCACAACUGGGGCACCGUCAAGGAUGAGAUGGGCGAGCACGACCAAUCGAACGUGACCGAGGAGACCCCCGAGGGAGAGGAGCCUCGGCCUGCUGACUCUGAGAACAAGGAGAACGAGGUUGGUGAACCUAAGGAAGUGGAACCCAAGGAGAUGACUCUGGAUGAAUGGAAGGCCCAGCAGGACAAGGAGAAAACCAAGGUGGAGUUCAACAUCCGCAAGGCCAACGAGGGAGCCGACAGCCAGUGGAAGAAAGGAUACGUGCUGCACAAGUCCAAGGACGAGAAGAAAGCUGAUGCUCUUAUUGAAGCUGCGGUGGAGGCUGAGGCAGUUGCCCCUAAGGCUGAGGACGAUCACCACUUCCGGAAGCCGGCCAAUGACAUCACAGCCCAGCUGGAGAUAAACUUUGGAGACCUUGGACGCCCCAGCCGUGGUCGUGGUGGGCCCCGUGGCGGCAGGGGGAGCCGAGGGCGUGGAGAGGGCAGAGGAGAGUUCCGUGGAGAGUUUCGUGAGCGUGAGCCCAGGGAGCCCCGUGAGCGUGAUGGUGGAGCCCCCACCAGGCCGACCCGUGGAGGACGCACUGACAAGCCGAGCGGGGUGAUUGUGCCCAAUGUGGAUGAUCCAGAGGCCUUCCCGGCCCUGGCCUAAAAUGGAGCGGCUGCCCCAUAGGCCCACAGGGAGCCCAUAGCAGUCCCCCCAAGCAGACCCCUAGGCCCCUCUACGAGGCUCGCAUGUUUCUGAAUCCUUCAGCAAAAAUGGUAUGAUGGAGAUGACCGUCAUCACUCAUGACACUCUCAUCUGAGGACUGAAUUUUACCCGUUUUGGAAAAAAAGAGGGGGGGGGAUAUGGAAAAGAAAAAAAACAAAGAAAAAAGAAAAGGACUUGUUGCUACUUCCGGAGGUUUUGUACUUAGAAACAAGGUAGCAGGGACGUUUUCAUACGGUAUUUUUUUCAGAGAUUAUGCGUUCUUCAUGAAUAGUUUUUUGUAUUGCUGCUUGAAAAUAUGCAUUUCCAAAUAUAAGGUAUGAGAAGAGUUAUCAUUUUAGCUUGUGGUGUCCCAUAGCUGUGGAGGGAUGGAACCCAAGCCAACUAGCUCUUACCAUACUGGGUAUUUCUGAAGAAGUUUCUGCAUCAUCACUCAGUGAGAUUUUAAGGGCUGCUUUAGUUCUGGGGUUUUAUGUAUUAUAAUUUUUUUUAAAGUAAGGCCUAGACCUCUGAUGUAGGCCUGUAAAAGCAAACUUUUUUUCAUGGUAAGAGCUCUUUGAGUGAGAUUGUAUUUCUGAUGGUGCAGAUAAGGACAUGCCUUGAUCGUUGAUCUAGUGAUUGUACCUACACCCAACAAAUUGUUAGAGUAGAGCCUAAUUCACUUAUGUAUUAAAAGGUAUUUUGUAUAGAAAAGUUUCCAAAUGACUCAAUAGAUCACUUGCAGGGGGAAGGAAUACUUCAAUUAUUUAAAAUGUAUCACUGACAUCUUUGGAUCGUGUGGCUCCUAAAGGUGAACAUUGUACUGUUUCAGUACAAUGUACACCCUCUUGGCCUGUGUCUCAAUGGUGUACCAUGACUUCCUCUCCUUGUUUCCUCUAUACUGAUCUGGAAACACAGUUAACAUAUUAGUUCAGGUCCAAUUAAAGAAGAGGAAGCCAAUUUUAGACUAGUGACCUGUAUCGAUAGGUCCCAUUGUACUGUUUCAUUUACACACUCUUGGGCUGUGUCUCAAUGGUGUACAGUGGCUUUCUCUCCUUGUUUCCUCUAUACUGAUCUGGAAACACAGUUAACAUAUUAGUUCAGGUCCAAGGAAAGAAGAGGAAGCCAAUUUUAGACUAUUGAGCUGUGGCCUUGGUCAUUUGGAAGCCUUCAGGCCUUGCACUGUUUAAACACUCCACUCCAGGGCAGUGUUCAGCAGGGCACCGUGUCACGCAAUGUUAAAAUAUAAAUAUACUUAAUUAGAACAGAUGUGCUCUUCUGAAAUGUAGAGUAAGGAGUCAUGUCAGCUCUACUUGUGGCAUUUCUAUCUGCAACACUGUACAUCGCACCCUGCUGAACGGGACCCAGUAUACUGAUACAGUUGUGAACCUGCUCCUGCAGUAUUUCCUGUGGUAGUUGAAUAUCCUCCAUUUUGAUUUUACCUCUGGUUCCCUAAUGCGGCACUACUGCGUAAUUGCUCUGAAAGAAAUACAGUUGUGUGUGUGGAUCAGCCAAGUGCUCUACAGAUCUGUGUGAACUCUAACCCUGCUAUUAUAGACCUCUGUCGGUAAAUAAAGAAGGUCGAUUCAU